UGCCUCGCAAGUAAGAGGCAAACAGGAAGGGCUUCACCAGUGUCCAGUCGCGUCUGGAUGACGUAAGCGAAGCAGCUGUAAGGAUCUCCUCCAGAGGAGGGAUUCCCCGACUUCACAGGAAGGAGCGAUUCUCGUUUUGUUGAGCAGGUUCAUCUGCAACCAUGGCCCAAUACAAAGGAGCUGCCAGCGAAGCUGGCCGGGCUCUCCAGCUGAUGAAGAAGAGAGAGAGGCAGCGGGAACAUAUGGAACAGAUGCGGCAGCGCAUUGCUGAGGAGAACAUCAUGAAGUCAAACAUUGACAAGAAGUUUUCUGCCCAUUAUGAUGCCGUGGAAGCAGAGCUAAAAUCCAGCACUGUUGGCCUGGUGACCCUCAAUGACAUGAAGGCCAAGCAAGAGGCGCUGGUAAAGGAACGGGAGAAGCAGCUGGCAAAGAAGGAACAGUCCAAAGAGCUACAACUGAAACUGGAGCGGAUGCGAGAGCGGGAGCGCAAACAGGAGCAGAAGCGUAAGAUCUCCAGCUUAUCUUUCACUCUGGAUGAGGAGGAGGAGGAAGAAGAUGGCGCUGAGGAAGAGGAUGAGGAGGCAGAGUUGGAGCGGGAAGAACAGCCUCCCAAGAAGAAGAAACUGGGGAAGAACCCAGAUGUAGACACCAGCUUCUUGCCUGACCGUGACCGUGAGGAGGAAGAAAACCGCCUGCGGGAAGAGCUUCGUCAGGAGUGGGAGGCCAAACAGGAGAAAAUCAAGAGUGAAGAAAUUGAAAUCACUUUCAGCUACUGGGAUGGCUCUGGACACCGUCGAACUGUGAAGAUGAAAAAGGGCAACACCAUUCAGCAGUUUCUACAGAAGGCCCUGGAGAUCUUGCGUAAGGACUUCAGCGAACUCCGGUCGGCUGGUGUGGAGCAGCUUAUGUACAUCAAGGAGGAUCUCAUCAUCCCACAUCACCAUAGCUUUUAUGACUUCAUCGUCACCAAGGCUCGGGGGAAAAGCGGGCCGCUCUUCAAUUUUGACGUGCAUGACGAUGUUCGGCUUCUGAGCGACGCAACGGUGGAGAAAGAUGAGUCCCAUGCCGGCAAAGUUGUGCUUCGCAGCUGGUACGAGAAGAACAAGCACAUUUUCCCCGCCAGCCGAUGGGAGCCCUACGACCCGGAGAAGAAAUGGGACAAGUAUACGAUCCGCUGAACUAUCUGUGACAUAUGUGGCUCCAGGAUGCCUCCCUGUUUCUGCUGGUGAUCUCCUUUUUAGCCAAGUCCAACAUUCACCCCAGACUCUGCAGCUGUACUGUCUUCCUCAUGGCAUUGACAUUUGGUGAAAUAAAUGUUGCAUUUCCCAAACUUGA